AUGCGCCUGCCCACCAGCAACACCCCUAGGCCCCGCCCGCUUGGAUAUAAGCUCGACGCUCGUACUCCGAAUCCUCCCCGCGUCUGUACGACGCACGACAUGAUGGCCAACCAGCAGCCCGCCUCGUCGCGCGCAGCACCGCGCAUCAGGGUGCUAAGGGCGCGCACGUUUUCAUCGCUCGUUGUCGUCGUCACGCUCGCUGCGCUCAUGCUGCUCGCCGCAGCCACCACCGCUUCCCAAGCACCGUCACGCCCGGCGCUCUUCCGCUCGCCUGCGUCCGACAACUCGCGCGGCGCCGACUUUCUGCAGCAGGUGCUCACCAAGCCCAAGCGCGCACCCACCACCGCCGCAGCAGCAGCGUCCGACUCCAUCUGCCGCCCCACCGGCCACAUCGAAGACGCCGCGUGCGACUACGAGACGGUCGAGACCAUCAACUCGCAGUUCUUUGACCGCCUCGAUGCGCUCCGCCGCACCGACUUUUUCAAGUUCUACAAGGUGAACCUCUUCAAGGAGUGUCCCUUUUGGAACGAGAACGGCUUCUGCAUGAACCGCGCCUGCAGCGUCGAGACCGAGGACGAGGCAGACAUCCCCGAGGAGUUCCGCGUGAAGCGCCUCAGCUCCGUCACCACCGCCGCGCCAGGAGACGUCGCCAUGUCCGGUUCGGACUCGAGCUGCUCCUGCUCCUCCACCGAGUUCUGCCACCUCGACGACGACGCCACCAACGACGGCGUGUACGUCGACCUGCUCAAGAAUCCCGAACGCUUCACCGGAUACGCAGGCGCCAGCGCCAACCGCGUGUGGAAGUCCAUCUACGAGGAAAACUGCUUCAACGGCGUCAAGUUCAUCGAACCCGCACGACCCACCUCCUCUGGCGGCACAGGCUUCGUCGACAAGUCCAUGCUGCACAGCUCGUCGCCCGCGUUGGGUCCAAACGGCGGCUUUGGCGGGCUCGUGUCGUCGCUCCAGGCUCCGCUCGACAGCGGCGACAGCGAACAGUGUCUGGAGAAGCGCGUGUUUUAUCGCAUCAUCUCGGGGCUGCAUGCCAGCAUCUCGAUCCACAUCUGCCACGACUUUUUGGACACGUCUACGGGCGAAUGGGCGCCGAACCUCGAAUGCUUCAUCACGCGCAUUGCCGAGCAUCCCGAGCGCCUGCAGAACGUCUACUUCGACUAUGUGCUGCUGCUGCGUGCGCUCUCGCGCCUCGGCGAUUCGCGCGACAACUUUUCGCUGCGUGCCGGCGAUGCGAUCGAGGACGGUGCGGCGGUGGAGCAGCUGGACGAGCUCAUCGCCGACGCCCGCGCGUGUCCGACGACGUUCGACGAGGCACAGAUGUUCAGCGCCCAGACGCGCGAGUCGCUCGAGCUCAAGAACGAGUUCCGACACCACUUUCGCAACAUCUCCACCAUCAUGGACUGCGUCGGAUGCGACAAGUGCAGGCUGUGGGGCAAGCUGCAGGUGCACGGCAUCGGCACCGCGCUCAAGCUGCUGUUCAAUAGCAACGACGAGCAUGGAGCACAGCCGGUGCAGCUCCAAAAGUCGGAGCUCGUUGCGCUCGUCAAUGCCGCCCAUCGCAUCGCAGAGAGUCUGCGUGCGGUGGAGAGGUUCAGGGACAUGUAUCAGGCGCAGCGUCUUGCUGCGGAUGCAGGCCAUGCAGCCGUUAAUCCACCCGCCAAUACCUCGCAUCCCGUCCGCAGUGCGCAGCAGCAAGAGGCGACGACGGGCAAGCUGGCGCAGAUGGCACAGCUGGUCGAGUGGAUCGAACGACAGCUGCACCAGACUAUGCAGGCGUGUCGCCGCGAACUCUCGCACUGCCUGCGCGCGCUUGGAUUCGCCGCACCCUCGUCUUCCUCCCAACACCCGCAGCAUGCAGAUUUGUAG